UUUUUGUACAUUUUUGCUCAACUUGCGAUUGGCUAAGUAAAAGUCACAACAAAUACAUCUUUUAAAAACAACACACAUAAUAGUACGAGUAUCGCAGUCUAGCGUAACGUAGUCUUGAUUCUUCGCAAUAGAUUGAAUGUUUUGAUGUGGCUAUGUGACAAUAUAAUUAAUACCCUGCCAUGAGAAUGAGGUGGCCGGUUUAUCAAAACACAUGAGGAAUAUAUAAUUUUUUCAGCGACACUCAUAGAUCUAAAAUUAAAUGGAUUUGCAUUCAUGAGCGAAGUGAACGUCAUAAAUAAGUGACGGAAGCUUUGAGUAGCGAGAGGAAAAUUCCAUCUCAGGCUAUUGUGACGAUGGUCUCAGUCACGAAUCAAACGUUACACACGUAACAAACGGAAAACAUGAACAACACUCAGCUCCGUACAGGUGUUCCAGAGCUACGUCGCUUUUUCAAGCGGCUGGAUCCAGUAUGGUUUGACCAGUUCUAGAACGCCAUUAUAGUCUGAUAGACACAAACAAAUCUGUUGCUACGACUCAGACAUCUAACAGGUGUGUUGGGAAUAUCUCUUGAAGAUGUGCCGCGAACAAGAGAGACUCUAACGGCGGAAAACAUGGACAACCCUGCCUCAAAACACGCCAAAUUCGGUGCUGGCGACAAUACGGGCGUUUCAACAAGCAAGGAGAAGACUUCGAAAGACAAGCAAGGAACUCCAGUCGACAAUAGCUCUACGAAAGACGUGUGUUCCAAAGAUGUCACAAUUCGUGUCGGCGGACGCGCGUUUCCUCAAUCUCGCUCAGUCUUGUCCAAAGAGAGUCCGUACUUCCAAGCCAUGUUUGCCAGCAAUCUUCGAGAAAGCAGGGAAAACGAAGUCACGAUCGAAGGAGUGGAUUCAGAAAUCAUGGUCCUCCUUCUAGACUCCGUCGGUGGGAAGUGUCCAAACGUUACCGAAGAAAACGUACUACCGCUUCUAAGCGCUGCAGAUAGGCUGCAGUUCCCAAACGCAAAGGAAGAGUGCGAGCACUUCCUUGCUGACCAAAUAUCUAUGGACAACUGUCUCGGUAUCUGGCAAGUGGGAAAGAGACAUGCUGCAUUACACUUGGAGUUCGAGGCGAAGAAGUUCAUCUGUAGACACUUCUCAAGACUGUCUUCCUUGGAAGACUUUGCCGUCUUGGACGUGAGCGAGGUGAAAGAGAUUCUUUCUUGGGACGAUCUUCUAGUCAACGAAGAGAAGGUGGUUUUACGUACGGCGCUGGCAUGGUUGGAAUUCGACAAGGAGGCACGAAAAAAGUAUCGGGAUGAAGUUCUCUCUUGCGUAAGAGCUUCUUUGCUUGAUUCGGCGGAUGGAUAUCAUCUGAAGGAUCUUUCUUGUUCCACCGGGAGACGACUCGGAAUGAGUCUGCGGGAGAUUGUGCUGUUUUACCCGAAGGAUGACGGAGACCUGCCCGCUGUUGUGUACGAGCCGCGUCAGAGCAGGCUAUACCAGCUGAGACCGCCGCCCAUUCCGUACGGCACAAUCUACGUGCCCAGUAAGGUUCUAUUCGCUGUGUUGGGCAUCGACAUCUACAUGACGAUGUGCGUGGCUACUGAGGGCAGCCCAGGUGGCAGACACGUGAUGUUUCAGUACGAUCACGUGGACGGCACGUGGUUCCCGCGUGCUCCCAUACCCUGCCGCCGUUUCGACCACCCGCUCAUCUUAGUCAGCCUGGAUGGUAGGCUGUACGCUAUGGGGAAACUAGGCGGUAUUGAGGUGUACAAUCCUGACUUAGACGCCUGGGAGUGCCUAGACAGCGAUCCACAGAAGCUUACCCCUCCAAUGGGGAGGGUGGAACAUGUCGUCGGCCAUAACGGUAAACUCAUGGUAUUCUCAGGGGGAACACGCGGAGUGUAUACUUAUGACGCCACUUCCAGUAAGUGGGACCGGAUCGACGUACCUCUGUCUGAUCCUCUUCUCAGCCGAGUGGGGGAAAACAAUUCCUUCAUCUACAAGGACAAGGUUACCUGACCGGGAAAGCACACGCUCAAGACCCGUGUCUUGGAGGUGAAGACUAUCCUAUCACUUUCAACCCGCGGCAAAACCAAUGGGAGUCGCUAGGCGUCCCCAGACCAGACGGCGUACGCGGCACGCGUGGUUAUGUCUACCUUUUCGACCACGUGUUGUUCGUGGUGGAUGGUGAGCUCUACGUCAUGUACCGACGCAAGACUAACCUGCUGCUGGCCAGCACGUGGCUGGAGAUUUGCCGGUACAACCGCGAGCUGCACCGCUGGGACUGGCGCAGUCUCGUCUGCGAGCGGUGUCAAGAGAAACAGUACGGGCUCUGCGUCAUCACAGCCAAGCUCAGCCUAGACAAGCUACCCUCGGUAGACCCCAUGUUGAGCCUCUCCCUCAGACCUCCCCGCAAGAAGAUCCCUCCCAUCAUGCCCAUCAUGUCACGCACGGGGCUACCCUACUGGAGGAACACUCCCCGAGUCAUCACGAACCCUCCCCGAGUUUUGACGAGUUUUACCGAGAGCGAUCUGGAGGAGUCGGACGAAGACACGAUCUCCACAGCGUCAGACGAGACCUUACUUCUAGAGGAAGUCGAAACAAGUAACGUCGGUGAAGAGAUUGUCAUCAUGGACGGCCAGGCAACUUUACCAGUGCCGCUUGAGGACGAAACUGCACGUGAAACCAACACGAUUGUGACAACCUCUGUCCUUAGUUCUGAUGAUGUGGUUGCUUCGUCGAGCCAGAAAACUGCGACGGACUGCGAAGAGACUUCAUGACAAUCCGAUAAACCGUAUCUGCCAAAGGAAGGCAGUUCCAAAGUUUCCGAAUUAGAACAGCAAGAAUAGUGGAAUGGUGAUCAUUUGAUGCAAGGGACAAAAAGCAACCCUUUCGUCGAAAUUGUAACCUAUGAUAUUGCUUGGGACCAUGUUGCGGUCGUUUAUGCAUUUCUUCAUCCGUCCAUUCGAACAUUUGUUUAUCAUUCGUUAUUUUUUCAUUCCUAAGCUAAUUCUUUAUCCAUUCACCUACAGUAGUUGCAAUGCGAAACCUGUAUAUUUUGUAUUUUAACAUUGGUAAACCAACACAUAUGUCAUUCACCUGGUGUAAAAUUGUUGUAACCUUAUUUUCAACAUAUCAAUUUAUGUCAUA